CCACCCACUGAACCCACACCCAGGUCCCUGUCGGCCCUGUCUGCGUACCACAGUGGGGUCCUGACUCCUAUGAAGAUGCGUAGUGAGUCUCAGAGCUCUCUGAGGCUGUACAGUGGCAGCCCCACCCACACGGACAAGGACCAUGUCUCCAUAUCAUCAUUCUACUACAAAGAACGGAAGCCUCCUCAGUCUGGCCUUCGCCGCUGGUCCAUUCAUGACUGCCCGAAGUCUCGUCGGUUCAAGACGAAGCGCGAGGGAGCCGACUACGGUAACAGACCCGUAAAGCUGGCAGGGAAAAUCAUCAUCCAGGAGAUCUCCUGUCUGCUGCCCGUUCACAAAGCCCUGGGGGAGACAUACAUUCUGAAUGUGAACGACAUACAGGACACAUGUCAGAAGAAUGCAGCAGCAGCUCUGGUGGUGGGACGCAGAGACGUGGCUAAGGUUUGGGCCCUGGCCUCGGCUGCCACCAGUCUAGAACUCAGUCCUGACUCUGACCCUGAUGCAGACGCUCCCUGGGCCAGACACCCGUUUGGACGCCACCUGCUGGAGACUCUUCUGGACCACUACAGUGUGAUGAGUGAUGUCCAGACUCUAGCCAUGCUGUGUAGUGUGUUCAGGACCCAGGGCUGUUCCCAAGACUACUUCUCUCUGUAUGGACAGCAACGCUCUUCUCUGUUCCCCCCUCAUCACUCCCGAUACCCCAGCUACACAUCCAGCUCUGUGUCGUCAGGCUCCUGUUACAGCACCUCAGACUCCACCACCACCACCACCUGGAGCAUCGGUCGAGACCCGGAGCACGUCCCUCCCUUGGGGGAGUCCUCGCCUGACGACUAUCGCUACGCCAACCAGAUGUACACAGACCCCCGCGAGCGAGAGAGGGAACAACACGACAUGAAUAAAAGGCUGCUGGACCCAGCCAACACCAUGCAGUUUGAUGACUUUAAGAAGUGCUACGGGGAGAUCCUCCAUCGAUGGGGUCUGAAGGACAAGAGAGCCGAGGUCCUCAAGUUUACAUCCUGUCCUCCUGAACCUCACAAAGGCAUCGAGUUUGGUGUGUACUGCUGCCAUUGUCGUAGCCAGGUGCGGGGGACUCAGUGUGCUGUGUGUAAGCGCUUCACCUUCCAGUGUGCCAUCUGUCACGUGGCUGUCCGAGGCUCCUCUAACUUCUGUCUGAGUUGUGGUCACGGGGGGCACACCUCCCACAUGAUGGAGUGGUUCAGAACACAGGACGAAUGUCCUACAGGCUGUGGCUGCCACUGUCUGCUACAGAGCACCUUCUGAGAGACACGCUGAGACACACACACACUGUCUGCUACAGAGCACCUUCUGAGAGACACGCUGACACACACACACUGUCUGCUACAGAGCACCUUCUGAGAGACACACAUAUAUAUAUUCACACACACACACAUAUAUUCACACACUCAGACACACAUAUAUUCACACACUCAGACACGGAUAUAUUCACACACACACACACACAUAUACUCACACAUACACACACACACACGUCUAAAAGCAGGGGUUUGACAGACAUUUAACCCUACUAAAACACAUGUACACAAAUGUACACAAUUCAUUUAGUCCUGGAACGCUGUGGUGGAGAGUUUGUAUAAUGUAAUGCUGAGGUAGAGGUUGUUAUGAAGGCCUUAAUGCCUUGACUAGAUGUUCCCAACACACAAUAAACAUCUGAUUGAAUACUUGAAUACAAA